CUGCAACGAGGCCGGUAUUGACUUCCGGACAUCAACACAUGCUAGGAGAAUAUUUAUCAAAAGCCGCCUAAACUGACGUUUUUACGGAGCACAAUGUCGACUUGUUUAGUGUGCAAUCUCACUGUCAAUUCACCGGAACAGCUGCAGCAGCACAUGAAAGGAAAGGCUCACAAGAAGAAGAUGAUGGCUGCAGGAGUGUCUGAAGAGGGACCGACAAGUGCAGCAGCAGUAGGCGCAGUUUCACAGGGACAAGAGGUGAGCCUCCCCGAUAGCAGCAAUGGAGUUCCGCCCACACAAGUAUUGCAGGGCGACUCUCUUACCGGUACUAAUGGAUCGGGCAGUGUGAAGAAGCGGAAGUCUACAGAGGGGGCAGAGGCAGGGAUGUGUUCUCUCUGCAACAUCGUCUUCAAUUCCACCGUGCAGGCCCAGCAACACUACAGCGGCAGCAAACACUUCAAGAGGAUGAAGAUCGUCCAUGGCAACGUAGAGAAAACACAGGAAGACGGCAGUGGUGAAGCUGUGUCUACCAAGACGAGCGGCAUGUUAUACUGUGGCUUCUGCAAGAUACAGGUCAACUCCCAGGAGCAGCUAGACAAACACAGAGAAGGCGCCAAACACAAGAAAAACCUUGAAAAGUUAAAGACAGUGGCUCCAAUUAAGAAGGGGAAAGCGACGCCGGACCCUACUGCUGUCAAGGAAAGUGACAUCCCGAUGACAUUACCAUCUUUUGAAACAUAUCUCUCUACAACCUUUGUGAAGGCCAAGGAUCAGACCAAGUCCAGUAUGCCAUCUCUUGACUCCUACCUUAAAAGUUGAACCUGCGGCAGCGAGAUUUGCAAGAUUGUGAUAUAUAUUGACUCAAACAAGACUUUGAUCGUGCCAUUCCUGCAAAAUUUUGAUGUCAGUGACAAGUUCCAAAUGGCUAACCAAGGCAGUUAACAUGAAGACACCACAUGAAGAGUGUGCACAAGAUCCCAGGAAACCCAGUAACCACAGAUACCUUCAACCUCCGAGACAACAGUUACCCAGCUAGUCAUGGGGCCACACAGACUGUGGUAGUUCUCUAGGGUACCAGACGACCUUCUUGUCUGAUGGUAUCUCUCCAUCUUUAUAUUUUGAUCUUAGAACAAGAUUUCUUUGAAGUAUCAUGUCGCUGUGUCAGUUUUUCAUGAACCCCCUCUCAAUCUCACCGGCCCACCACCCUCUGUAAUAGAUGAUUAGUGCAUAAGGCUGGUUUGUUGAACAAGUCAUCUAAGGCACUGAAAUUGCAAGAGUUGCAUCCCUUGGACAUGCCAGAAACCAUUGAGGGUUCGAAAUGCAAUCAUGUUAAGUUUCUCAAGGCCCAGUGGAAUUAAUUAAAUGCUGGCCUGGUGAUCUACUGUUAUUUGUGGGGUACUAUGGAUUAGUUUUCAUAGAGAUGGGAAUCUGGCGCUCACUGGUUUUCCUGUAAUAAUUUUAUUUUCAUUUUAUAAGUCGGUAAGCAUUGAACUUUGUGGAAUAAGAAUGUAGAAGUUUUGAUAAUCAGUAUUAACACGUUUUGGUCAGGGCUAGCAAGAUCAGUUAUAUUUUUAAAGUGACAUAUUCUGGAUGGUGUCAGACACUGCAUUUAGCAUGUUUAGAAAAAAUAUGAUUUAUACUUUUUAUGACGCAUUUGUUCAUUUUUUGUUCUGUGCAUAAGUUUGCCCUUAAGUUUGUGAAUUUUAGAACAAGGUGUUUUGUAUAAGUGUAAACACUCUUUAUACAAGAGUUUUCGUUUUAGGGAAAUAACUACAAACCACCUCUUACAACAUUUUAAAGAUUUUACCUGCUGUCUACAUGGUCUACACCAAGUUCUGUAAUAAAGCAAGAAAUUAAACUUG